AACCGUAGUGACUAGUGGAGUAGUGGCGGCAAUCUGAAUCCUAUGGCGAAAAACAGGAACAAAAAGAAGCGAAACGGUGCCGUUUCCAUGGACACUACGGAGACAUCGGUUUCCGAAGCACCUCAAGGGUUUAUGGUUGGUGUUGCACCAAUGGAUACAUCAGAAUCAGGAGAUCAAAGCACCUUUUCUGCUGCUACCAACAUGAACAUGAAGCAGAAGGGAAGGCCUAUGAAGAGAUCCAAAAAUGUCCGGAAGAUGAAGGCAAGAGCAAAAGCCAUAUCCGCAAACGAGAAAUGUGCUGUGAAGAUUGCGAAAAAUGAAGACAAAAAAGUGAGAGUUCUGUCUGCAAAAACACUCUAUGAAUGAUUUGUUGGACGCCUCCUAUCCUUAGUUUUGAAAAAUUUUACUUAUUGAUCUUGCUAGCAUUUAGUAUAUAGUUUUGUUGUUCAUGUGUCUAAGUUCAUUUCUAUUAUUAAUUCAAGUGCGUUCUGUUUUUGAUCUCCCAUUAUAUAUAAGAUAGAGAUAGUCUUUCUUUUUGCUGUUACCUUAGACACAUGGAAUAACUUUUUUUUUAUAAACUAAUGUAUCAAUCUUGAAUUUGGAUCAAUGCAUUCCAUUUUUAAAUUUA